AUUGUCACAUAUCGAAAAUUUCCCGUAUGGACGAGCGUCACAUAAAAUGUGGCAAUUAUUUUGACGUUACACUAAAUCCCAGUCUCAACAUUUUGCACACCAACCAAGAUGGCCACGCCGAUAGUACGCAGAACGACCGGAUCGACAGAGAGAAUGGUAUUAUUGUUGUUGUAAGAGCUAAAAUCAACCAACUUUGCUUUGUUUAUUGGCAUCUCCGCUGUGCAAAAUCACACUUGGCGCAAAUCUUCAACAAUUAUUUACUGCCUGUCCACACGGACAAAUAAAAAUUGCCACAUACAGUUGUCACAUAAAAAUUGCUCGUGUAGACGGGGCUUUAUGCAAACGUUUUGUGUGACGUCAUAUCCCGGGGAAUCUGUUUUAUUGGAAGUCACGUGAUCUAGAAUGCAAGAUGGCGGACGAGGAAGAGGAGUUUCGCCAAGGGAAUGAUCAAAUACUAAACCAACCGCGAAUUAUCGAGCUUACUAAAGGAAGUAAUGGCUUUGGGUUUAAUGUAAGAGGUCAAGUUUCCGAAGGAGGACAACUAAAGUCGAUCAAUGGAGAAUUAUAUGCUCCGCUGCAACAUGUCAGUGCUGUUGUCGAAGGAGGYCCAGCUCAUGUCGGAGGUGUUCGAGUCUUCGAUAGAAUCCUUGAAGUAAAUGGAGAAAACGUAGAAGGGGCUACACACAAGUGUGUAGUAGAUCUUAUCAAGAAAGGAGGAUCUCAUUUGAAGCUUAUGGUCAUAUCUGUCAGUCAGACUGAGUCAGAAAAGCUUGAUAGUGACAGCUCUUCAGGAACAGAAUAUUAUGACUACUCGGACAGACAGACAGCUCCAGUAACCAUACCAGAAACAAGACAAAUCAACAGUGGAGGMGAGAAUUACGUGGUUUACAAUAUUUAUUAUUCCAAUAAACAUAUCUGUUCCAAACGAUACAAAGAAUUUUCAUCCCUCCACAAUCAGUUAAAGAAAGAAUUCAGAGAUUAUCAGUUCCCUAAAUUUCCCGGUAAAUGGCCUUUUCAUUUAUCGGAAAGUCAGCUUGAAGCUAGGCGUAAAGGUCUUGAAAGUUACUUGCAGCAAGUGUGCGCUGUAAGAGUUCUUGGAGAAUCAGAAUAUAUUCGUGAAUUUUUGGAUGACCGGGAAAUAAAGGAACAAGAAGAUAGCGAAAUGGAAGUUGAACUCAGAAUACUGAUGCCUGAUAAUACAACUGUAUCAGUUGGAAUAGAAAAGAAAAAUAAAACAAGACAAGUAUAUAAGGCACUGUUGAAAAAAAUAGGUUUACAAGAGGAAAAUGCCAUCAACUUUGCUUUGUUUGAAAUCAUGGAAAGUGGAUUUGAGCGUAAACUGCGCAUGAAUGAGUUUCCCCAUAAUCUAUACAUAAGAAGAUACACAGAAUCAUCCAACACYUGCCUAACGAUAAGAAAAUGGAUCUUUACUUUAUCAAGGGAAGUAGCAAUGAGUAAUGAUGAGGUUGCUGUUAAUAUACUGUAUCACCAGGCCAUUGAAGAUUUGAGAACAAGAAAAUUACAGGCUGGAAACAUGCUAUUGAAGUUAAAAGAAUUAAAAGAUGCAUCUAAAAAACAGGAGUACCUGGAUGCUGCUCGUUCAUUACAAGGAUAUGGYACAGUAACAUUUCCUCACUGUCCAUGUGAUGCCAGGAAGUCAGGACACGUCAUUGUCUCUGUUUCUCUAAGAAACUUUCAAAUGAAGGCAUGUUCAGACCAGGGUGAUAUCCAGGAUCAAGAACACUUACUGGACUGGGAUGAAAUAUCMCAUCUGGAAGCAGACACAGAAGCAAUGGCCUUAUGUUUUCAAUAUACCAAAGGAGGCAAAACAAGAUGGGUUAGAAUUUACUCAGAACAUUAUGAAUUUAUGUCAGAAUGUGUGCACAGAGUGCUGCAAGAAAUUGACUGGAAUAAAAAUGAUGGACAGAAUCCUGUUUUACCACCAAAAUCAGAAGAAAAGGACGCAGAAAAUGUCCAAGAAGAAUCAAAUUCUUAUUUGAAGUCUCACAAUACCUAUACAAGUUCUGUMCAACCGAAACCCAAAUCAGUAAAACCAACAAAGAGUUUACCACCAAAACAUUCUGGUGUGGUAUUUAGUGGAGCUAUUGAAGAUGAUGACCUUUAAAAUGUUUAAAGAAUUAUUAUCUCGAGAGACAAUAGGGUUACAGUCAAUGGUAUUYAGUAUUUGUUUUCCCAUUGUUUCUAUGUAAGAGUUUCACUUGGAAACAGUCGACCAAAUAUAUUGUACUUAGAUAAAUGAUGAUAGCAGUAUAAUACGAACUUUAUAAGAGUAGCGGCAAAGCAGCAAGGUGGCAAGUACUGUGCCCAAUGACCGUAUAAUAAUUUUUAGUAUAAACAUAUUAAU